GCGGGGCAACGGCGGGGCUGCUGGGCAUGCUGCCGACCCUAAAGCCCAUCCAGUUCCACCCCCUGCCUCCCACUGGAUCAGGCUGCCCAAGGCCCAUCCAGCCUGGCCUUGAACACUUCUAGGGAUGGGGCUGGACGGUGGUUUGAGAGAACACAGUGUAAACUACAAAGAGAAAGUGACUGGCCCAGCUUGGGAAAUGAAAAGGCGGGUGGCCAAGUGUGUGUGUUCUUUAUAAAUCACCUCAGCUCCCACAGUACCGCUGUGCCACCAGCCCCACAGCGCCCAGUCAUUACUGGCUCUGAAUAAAGCAAAGCAAUAUGUUAAUAUCACAACUGGGUUCCCGGUUACUGAAGGCUUCACGAAUUGCAGGCCACCUUCUGCCAAGGUCAGCGUCCUCCUUUCUUUGCCUUCAUUCUCCAUCAGCACAGUACAGCACACAGCCGUCUAACAGAAGCGGAGCCCAGCCUCAGCAGUGGUAUGCGCUGGACCCUGAGCUGGAGGAGAUGCUGAUCCCCAGGAAGCUUUCCAUCAGCCCCUUGGAAACCUGGCUGACGGUUAGGUAUUCCCUUCCGAAAGCCGAAGUCCUUAAUGCUGGUGAGGAAGCGGGUGAUGAACCUCUCCAGCGAUACGACUGCCCGCCGUCUGAUGAGGGAGCCGAUGUGGGGGAAGGAGAGGGAGCUCUUAGCAACAAGAUUCAGUGUAAGAAUGUUUUGAAGAUUCGGAGAAGGAAAAUGAAUCGCCACAAGUAUAAAAAGCUGCUAAAGCGACGAAAGUUUGUACGGAAGAGGAUAAAGGAAGGUCGCAAAAAGAGACGUCAGGUAAAAUUUGAGAAAGAUUUGGAGCGCAUCUGGAAAAGAGCUGGUUUGAAAAGUCCUCCUGCGGGAUGGCAAACACCCAAGAUAUAUCUGAAAAGUUCAAAGCGAUAAAAUCGAUUGUAAUGAGUUUCAGCGUGUAACUGUAAUUAAAAGAUAUUCAGUAUGCAGAUUACUUUUAACCUUUUUCUGAGUGUGAUAAAAUUAGCACCAGGAUGCUUUCAUUUGUGGUGCGCAGUUUUCCAAGGGCAAACCUGACAGCAAUGUGCUUUUCCUCCUCAAAAGCAGGAUGGUGAGCCCUUGUAGGGUGACUUGACUGCUGUGUGCGGUUCUGUGCUGCUGCCCGAGCGUUUUGUCUGAGCAAAGGUGUCUUAGACUGCAGCUGAGUUCCUGAAGCUGCUAUUUAAGGUUAGACUGAGCGAUGUACUAGAAGAACAAUCCGUUGUGGGAGAUUGGAUGAGUGAAAGAAUUCCUCUGAUUGUAAGUAUAACUCUGUAAGAUAUAAGACAUGGGCAAUUGAAAAGUUCUUUUCAAAAUUGUAGUUUUCAUAGAAUCACAGUAUCACGGCAUGGUUUGCCUUGGAAAGGACCUCAAAGCCCAUCCAGUCCCACACCCUGCCGUGAGCAGGGACACCUCUCCCUGGAUCAGGGCCUCAAAGCCCCAUCCAACCUGGCCUUGAUGGGGCAGGGAUGGGGGGGGCAGCCGCCGCUGCACUGGACAACCUGGGCCAGUCUUAACUACAGAAGGGCUUACUAAGAGUUGCAAUGAAAUAGGAAUUGGGUCAGAACUCUGUGCCAUAUAUGUGCAAAAGCUUUAAGUUUCACUUACCUGGAGUCUGAUGUGCCUGUGCCUUAGGCAGGCAUUGCAUGAGCAUCCUUAAAAGGUAUAUUUUCUUUUUUUGUUCCAUUCUGUGCUAAUAAAAAGUUGUAACUGCUUUUCUUCGACUGACUCCCAUUGUACAGAACAUCCAGAUAUUGGUAUCUGUAAAAGUUCACAGCUAAUUAUUUUUAC